GUUAAUGUAACCGGCGCGAGAGGCGCGGGCGGCGGCGGCGGGAGCGGCGGCUGCAGGAGCAGCAGCAGCGGCGAGUACCCUGUGCCCCGCGUCCCCGAAGCAGCCGACUGCGCCACCCCCACCCUCUCACGGCCGGGCGGGACCCGUGCCGCCAGCCCGGACCUCCGCCGGCCCGCGGCGACCUAAACCCCGCCGCGACUACUCCGGACCGGUCCGCGGAGUUUGCCCGCUGGGUAGGGAGGCCGAGCGGCGGAGCGCACUCCUGCUUUUUUUUCCCCCCACCAUCUCGUGGAUGUCGCCCCCCGGGUCGUGAGAGAACUUUGCAGCGGGCUGGAGCGCCCUUUGCAGAGAGGCAGACGAAGGGAAGGAAAGAAAGAGGGCCCAGGAAGGGGCUUGGAGGAAGAGUCCGGUGCGGCCGUGCGGGGCGAGUGCGCGCGGGGCGCGGCGCCCGGAUGCACCCCGGGAUCGAGGAGCGGCGGGCGGCUGCGGGACUGCCCUCCGCGGUGUAGCCCCGCCGGGCCAGGAGGGUUUGUGCAACCGCGGAGAACACCGAGUGUCGGUCGCACGGGGCGUGCCGAGCCGCCUCCCGGCGCGCCCUCCGCACUUUCCCCGCCUCGUCGUCAUCCCGCGCUCCUCCGCCCGGGCUGAGGCAGCGGAGCGCCAGGCGCGGAACCUCCGCCGCCCGGACCUCGCUCCUCACCGCCUCCCGGGAACCCACGAACGCCCGGCUGAAGGCGCUGCCCUGACCCGCAGCGGUCGGUCCCGAACGUCGCCAGGUUUGUUUGUGUGGGGUUAGCCGGGGGCGCCGGGCCACCUGCACCUCGCCCGCGGCCAGCGCCGCGAGGAAAACCCGGAGAGGAGGCGGACCGGGAGAAGAACGAAGGAAAGCAGCCCGCCUGGAUUUGUUUGCUCGGGACGGGGAUCGCCGAGGGGAGCGCGGCCGGAGUCACUGCGCCCCCACCUCUCCGCCUGGGCAGCAGAGGCCCGCGGGUUGGAUCACAGCCUCCGCGCGCUCUUCUUGGGCGCCGGCGUCACCGCGCAGGUUCUUGGUGCAGUCGGGCCCCGGGUGCCCCGCGAUGUGGCCCUGAGCGAGGGAACCCGCACCGGCGGGAGCAGGAGCAGCCGAGUGACCGGUGCGCCCCGCCGAGCGCGCUUGCGUGCGUGGCCAGCGCGCUCCCCGCGCUCCGGGUUUCUGCCUGGCCUCUCGGCUUAAUUUUUCUCGGCGGGAUUAAAGUUGGAAAUUUAGCGGAGAAUUGAGUUGCCCGGAAACAGAGCUACGGCCGCCGCCAGAGCGAUGUUCCCGCAGAGCCGACACCCGACGCCGCACCAGGCCGCAGGCCAGCCCUUCAAGUUCACUAUCCCGGAGUCCCUGGACCGGAUUAAAGAGGAAUUCCAGUUCCUGCAGGCCCAGUAUCACAGCCUUAAAUUGGAAUGUGAGAAACUGGCAAGUGAAAAGACAGAAAUGCAGAGGCACUAUGUGAUGUAUUAUGAAAUGUCAUAUGGAUUAAACAUAGAAAUGCAUAAACAGACUGAAAUCGCCAAGAGAUUGAAUACAAUUUGUGCACAAGUCAUCCCAUUUCUGUCUCAGGAACAUCAACAACAGGUGGCCCAGGCUGUCGAGCGUGCCAAGCAGGUGACCAUGGCAGAGUUGAAUGCCAUCAUCGGGAGAAAAUUGAGAAGCAGAAGUGAGGAUAAGACAUCGUUGCAGCAGCAGUUGCAAGCUCAGCAUCUUUCUCAUGGCCACGGACCCCCAGUGCCCCUAACGCCUCACCCUUCGGGCCUUCAGCCUCCUGGAAUCCCGCCCCUCGGGGGCAGUGCUGGCCUCCUGGCGCUAUCUAGUGCUCUGAGUGGGCAGUCUCACUUGGCAAUAAAAGAUGACAAGAAGCACCACGAUGCAGAGCACCACAGAGAUAGAGACUCAUCAAAGAGUAAUUCCCUCUUGGUCCCAGACAGUCUAAGGGGCACAGAUAAACGCAGAAAUGGACCUGAAUUUUCCAAUGACAUCAAAAAAAGAAAGGUGGAUGAUAAGGACUCCAGCCACUAUGAUAGCGAUGGUGACAAAAGUGAUGACAACUUAGUUGUGGAUGUGUCUAAUGAGGACCCUUCUUCUCCGCGAGCAAGCCCUGCCCAUUCACCCAGGGAAAAUGGGAUCGACAAAAACCGCCUGCUAAAGAAAGAUGCCUCCAGCAGCCCAGCGUCCACGGCCUCUUCGGGAAGCUCCACUUCUUUGAAAUCCAAAGAAAUGAGCUUGCAUGAAAAAGCCAGCACGCCUGUUCUGAAAUCCAGCACACCGACGCCUCGGAGUGACAUGCCAACGCCGGGCACCAGUGCCGCUCCAGGACUCCGUCCAGGCCUCGGCAAGCCUCCAGCCAUGGACCCCCUCGUUAACCAAGCGGCCGCCGGCCUGAGGACGCCGCUGGCGGUGCCCGGCCCGUACCCCGCCCCGUUCGGGAUGGUGCCCCACGCCGGCAUGAACGGCGAGCUGACCAGCCCUGGCGCCGCCUACGCCAGCCUGCACAACAUGUCCCCGCAGAUGAGUGCAGCCGCUGCCGCCGCCGCCGUGGUGGCCUACGGGCGCUCCCCGAUGGUUGGGUUUGAUCCUCCCCCUCACAUGCGAGUACCUACCAUCCCUCCAAACCUGGCAGGAAUCCCUGGGGGGAAACCUGCAUACUCCUUCCACGUUACUGCAGACGGUCAGAUGCAGCCUGUCCCUUUCCCCCCCGACGCCCUCAUUGGACCUGGAAUCCCCCGGCACGCGCGCCAGAUCAACACCCUGAACCACGGGGAGGUGGUGUGCGCCGUGACCAUCAGCAACCCCACGAGACACGUGUACACGGGCGGGAAGGGCUGCGUCAAGGUCUGGGACAUCAGCCACCCCGGCAACAAGAGCCCCGUCUCUCAGCUCGACUGUCUGAACAGGGAUAACUACAUCCGUUCCUGCAAAUUGCUCCCUGACGGUUGCACCCUCAUCGUGGGAGGGGAGGCCAGUACUCUGUCCAUCUGGGACCUGGCGGCUCCCACCCCGCGCAUCAAGGCAGAGCUGACGUCCUCGGCCCCCGCGUGCUACGCCCUGGCCAUCAGCCCCGACUCCAAGGUCUGCUUCUCGUGCUGCAGUGACGGUAACAUUGCCGUCUGGGACCUGCACAACCAGACGCUGGUGAGGCAAUUCCAGGGCCACACAGACGGGGCCAGCUGUAUUGACAUUUCUAACGACGGCACCAAGCUCUGGACGGGCGGCCUGGACAACACAGUCAGGUCCUGGGACCUGCGCGAGGGGCGGCAGCUGCAGCAGCACGACUUUACCUCCCAGAUCUUCUCCCUUGGAUACUGCCCAACUGGGGAGUGGCUGGCCGUGGGCAUGGAGAGUAGCAAUGUGGAAGUUCUUCACGUAAAUAAGCCUGACAAGUACCAGCUGCAUCUCCAUGAGAGCUGCGUGCUGUCCCUAAAAUUUGCUUAUUGUGGUAAGUGGUUUGUAAGUACUGGCAAAGACAACCUCCUCAAUGCUUGGCGGACCCCCUACGGAGCUAGUAUAUUCCAGUCCAAAGAGUCCUCGUCCGUGCUGAGCUGUGACAUCUCUGUGGAUGAUAAGUACAUAGUCACUGGCUCAGGGGACAAGAAGGCUACAGUCUACGAAGUCAUCUACUGAAAACAUGAUGUGGUUUAACUUUUAGAGUUGAAUCGGGCCAAAAUGUUUUGAAUUUGUAGAAAUAGAAAAGUUGUAACUUUAAAAGGAGGAAAAAAAAAAAAAACCACGAAAACCUGUUUCCAAACCUUGACACAAAACUACUUUGAGUCUACAAAGAGGAGGCGACGAAUCCAUCAACUGAAGGUCACCCAUCUACCUAGACCAAACGGAGCACCAAGGCAGAGUGGACAGAGGGGCCAAGGGGAGUAGGCAGAGCCUCUUCUUUCCUGUCUGUGUGAUCUGCCGAGAUUACCUUCCUGUUCCUUGCAGUUCUCCUCACCUUCUGUGCUUGGUAGAGCAGUGGUGUCUCCAAUGAACUUGUUUCCUGGUUUUGCAUCUUGUGAAAUGUUUUUUUGUAUUUUUGUUGAAGGUUAAACAUUUGUAUAAAUUGUAAAUAUAUUUGGUUUAUUACAGUAAAGGCUUUAGUACCAAUAA